AUGGAAAACCCACAGAUUUCCCCCAAGACGGUAUCCACUGGGGAGACGGUCACCCUGAGUUGCAGUGUACCAGAGACCUUCCCGAAAGGACCUGUCUUGUGGUUCAAGGGAAUUGGGCCAAACCGAGAAUUAAUCUACAGUUUCAAACAAGAUCACUUUCCCAGAGUAAAAGCAAUUGGAGACAACACCAAACCUGGCAACACGGACUUUUCUAUCUGCAUCAGCGAUGAUUCUCUUGCAGAUGCUGGCACCUAUUAUUGCGUGAAGCUCAUAAAAGGGAAACAUAAGGAAUACCAGUCAGGUCCGGGCACUGAGGUGUCUGUAACAGAGCAGAGUCUGGGGCCUCCCUAGGACAGACAUCUGGAGAGAGCGGGCUCCAGGGCCCAGCACGAUGCCCACCCCUGCCUCUCAGCCCCGCCUGCCUCCGCCGUCCCUGCUGCUGCCCCUGCUGCUGGGACUCACAGGUGAGCACCUCCGCCCUGGGUACCACAGUGCAGGGAUGC